AUGGCGGAGUUGGUGCAGCAAAUCGAAGACCUCGUUGCACUCGACGAAGCUCUGCAUUGGUUCUGCCCAAGAUCCACCCCAACCGACCAGCAUCCCUACUUUGACGAGGAUUUAAGAGGCAAGAAUCUCGACGAGUCCGAGCAGGAGAAAGAAGAGCGAGGAGUCAAGAUACUCGCUUCGAGAACGCGGCGGGACAAAGUCUUGACAUGCCUGCAAAUUCUGGCCUUUGACGGCGAAGAUGCGAGGCCAUAUCAGGACAAAUUCAAGCGCGGGCUGGUCAUGCAGCUCACACGCUGCGAUGUCUGCGUGCGGGAAUACCAUCGAUCUCGCCCGAGACUCCGCGCGCGGCUGGAAGCGGAAUUCGAAGACGAAGAGGUGACCGGCUUUAUGAACACCUUUGAUGCCAUGAAUAAGACGCGGAUCGUGACCGGCCUGAACAGCAUGUCGGAACUCCUCGCCGCACUUCCACCGGCCGAGCGUAGAAUCGACGCUGCUGGAGAUGUUKCCAUGUACGCCAUGUUCGAAGCGCUCCACUGCGUGCCCUUCCUGCGCGACGAAGACACCCUGUCUCAAUCAUUUGACAAGCCUUUCCGCUUAGCCCAGUCGGUGAAGAAGUUCACACUCGGCAACUACGCGCCCGGUGCAGUGGCCUUUCUAUACUCGAAGCAUGCCGAGCGUGUUGCUUGGGCUGAGCGCAAUUGCAACAGGGUCAAAUUCCCCAUGUGUGCCAAUGAAUUCGAGUACAGCGUCCGCCCAUUCCUGGAACCUGCCAUGAAUCGAGUCAAUGUCAUUACCUUGGAGCUGGAAUUUCUGCCCGUCUUUUGGCGUGGCACGCGGCUGAUCGUCUCCAAAAUGACCCAGCCUCUGUUCACAGACAACCUCCGAAGCAUGGACGGGAACUUGCUCACACUAUCCCUCGAGCAUUUUCAAGUCGAUGCGGCCCACUUCUCUCCCCUAAUCGCAACAUACGUCAUGUUGCUCGACCUGAGCGCAACCGACUUUUGGGCAGCCAUGGGCUCCAUCUCGCCCCAGAUUGUGGUGGAAAACAUUUGCAGGGCUCCAAGGCUCGAUCAAAUGCUCACAACUCAGCCUGCASAGCGCGAAACUGCCCCGGCAAAGGAGAUUGAAGACGCCUUGGCUUGGGUCGAUGGCUUCGUGAGGAGCAUUGCCCCUGGGAACCUCGUACCACCCAUGCGCACACUGCUGGAUCAACUACUCCACCGUUUUCAAGAAGAACGUUACACACAUUUCGCAAGCAGCAUCACCUGGAAGAAGGGGCUCACCUCCUUACUCGAGGCHAUCAUGCGGCUAGAUCAGUCGGUUGAUGGAGGGCCAGUGUAUGUCCACAUUAUCGAGGCCGUGGCCAAGGAUCACAUCGCUGCUAUCCUGCAAGAGCUGGACGGCAUUGAGUCCAUUUCAGAGAUGCAGAUCAGUUCAACACAGCACCUAGAUCUUGAAGUUGUCAAGAGCGUCAUCGCCUUGGAUGUGAAGAGUCUCGCCCGUGACCGGCAAUUUAUCCUGGGGAAUGGAGAGCUGGAUCACGAACUGGGCGUUGCAAACCUGAACUUAUGGAAGUUGAGUAUGCGGCAUGUCAAGCCUGGUCAUCCGCAUCUGGUCAUAUCCCUGCUGAAAGGUAUGAUGAACCUCGUGCGAAUCGAGAAAUUCGCUCCGAGCCAGUUGAACAACUACCCCAAACAAUGCGAAGCCUGGAACAACGCGCUUGGCAGAACGCACCAGCACAUCACGACGGACUUGCUUCAGCGACUYGACGAUUUCACACCCGACCAAUUGGAUGGAAUAUACCAAGAACGCGACGGUGCCCACGGCCUCGUCGCUCUCCUCUUCAACGGCAACGAUGAUGUGCAUCAAGCCGCACUCAACGUUCUCAAGACAAUGACCAGCCAAGACAGCAGACAAGACAGUCUCAAACAUCUUCUCGAAGUGUUCUUCAGCAACACACUGACUGCCUUCUCCGAGGCGAUGAAGCUGAUAUCCGAGGCCAAGAUCUUUGCGCCAUGCCCAGUUCUACUAAAGCUUGUCAGAGACAUCUUCAACUGUCUUUGUGAUAGCCAGGACGGCAUCUUGCGUUCUAGAGACAUUGUCGAUAAAAAAGACUUGGGCGCGUUGAGGGAAUUCUGGUUUUGGACGUGGACCGCUUUGGGGACCAUCUUUGGCAUGACUGAAGACUGGGCCAAUGGCAAACACGACAAGAGUAUGCUUUCUGACUUUUGUCGCGACACGAUGGACUUUGCAAACACUGCAUUCGAUCAGUAUCCUCUCAUCGCCACGACGAUCGAAAAGGCCGGGAGUACGAAGGAUACUGCUGGGUCGACAAUGAGCAAAGCGUUGCUUCAAACGCCAAGCAGGGCCUUUGGACGAGUCGCAAAGUGGUUACGUCUUCGUGACGACUAUCUUAUUGCCAAAGCAGUUGGGCUGACCGCGAAGAUGCUCAUCAAACUGCGUGAGAAUGGYAUCGAUAUAACAGUGGAGUCUGCAGCAUACAUCGAAAGCAGCACCAGCAGCAGCAACAGCAAGAACAAGGUCAGGACGAAAUUGACAGCGAAUCAGAAGGCUGAGCUACAGCAGGCUUUGGAGAAGCACCUUGGUCGCUCACUGGCACCCGAUGUAAUCGAAGUCGAUGUAACAUCUCGUAAAAAGCAGGGCACUUUGCAAGACUGGGCGCAGUCUAGAAGUGGACGAGACAGCGGCACAGUCACCCCUACGGCUGCCAAGGGAGGCAAGAAUGUCAUCGAUCUGGACGCAUGGGCGAAGCAAGCGGAGGCUAAGAAAUCCGAAGCCAAGAAGCCUGCUGCGGCGGUUCAGAAGCCCAACGCGUUCACGCAAAAGGCUGCGCAAAAGCUCCAGCAAGACUCAAAGACAUUUCUGGCCAAACGCCAACAGGCCAAUGCAGAGAAAGAACGGACCAGACUCGCCGCGCUUGCAAAAGCGAAUGCCAGCCUCGGGGCUGGAAGUGGUGUUGCAGGUUUGGGCAAUUUUGGAAAGGAUCACACAACCAGGGGUGAAAACAUCAUGGUAUCUUCUGACGAAGAAGAGAGCGGAGAAGAGGAUGAAGAGGAUGACAUGGAUGAUGAUCUCUUUGGAGGCAAGUCCAAGCACCUCAGGAAGGUUGAUCGUCCAGGUCUGGAUUUGAGUGGCGCGACUGGCCUUCGACCGGAGACGAAGAGGGCUCCGACCCGCAUCCAAAAAACAGCCCGAUCACUAAAGGACAUGCGUGCGCGUCUUGCACCGGAUCUGAGCUCACUGCACCGCACAAUCCUGGGCUGGAACUUUUUCCAUGACGGCGACUUUCCCCCUGGCAGCAGCCCCAACGAGUUCUCACACGUGGCCAAGUCAUUUCGCGAUCCAACAACCUACCAACAGACAUUUGAGCCUCUGCUCCUUCUGGAGGCGUGGCAGGGUCUUGUCAAAUCCCGUGAGGAAAACAGCUCCAGACCAUACGAACUCAAGGUGCACAAUCGCAGCAAUGUGGACCACCUCAUCGAGAUCAGCAGCAUCAUUGGUCACCAGGAGAAUCGCGACCUUCAAUUGAUGGAAGGCGAUAUCAUCCUGUUCUCCGAAUCAUCCAAGCCAGCGGAUGAUCCCUCAUCUGCCCACUGCUUGGCGAGGAUUUAUCGCAUCAAACGUCAGAAAGCGCACGUUGAAGUGGUCUAUCAAUUCGCCCCCGGUACAACGCUGACUAAUAAGCUCACGAUGAAAGCCCUCGUGUAUGGUCUCAAAGUCCAGUCCAUUACUCCGUUGGAACGUGAAUACGGUGCACUCAAGGCGUUGCAAUAUUACGAUCUUUGCAAUCAGAUCGUCCGCGCAAAGCCAUCACAGCGCAUCCCCUACAGCGAUCGGCAGAUUCAGGCAUUUCAAGACUCGUACAAUGUCAACCGCGCUCAGUCGGAAGCCAUCAACGCUGCUCUGGAGAAUGAAGGAUUUUCGCUUAUCCAAGGACCUCCCGGGUCUGGCAAGACGAAGACCAUCGUUGCCAUUGUGGGUGGCCUCCUUACCAACACUCUCUCCAGCUCUACCAMCGGCGCCACCAAGAUACCCAUGCCAAAGCCCAACGGCAACGCAGAUUUGAUGGAUAUCCCGCCCUCCAGGAAGCUCCUCGUCUGUGCACCAAGCAACGCUGCUGUCGACGAGCUUGUGAUGCGUCUCAAAGCUGGCGUUAAAACGAAGAAUGGACGCGACCACCAGAUUAACGUCGUGCGCAUCGGACGCAGCGACCGCAUCAAUGCAAUGGUGGCGGACGUGACAAUGGAGGAACUCGUGCAGAAGAAGUUGGGUGGUAGUCAAGGGGAUGAGAAACAGCGCCAGAGCAGGCAAGAAUUAUUCAAGGAUCACGAGAGCGUCUCCGCUACUUUGCGAGGGCUUUAUGAGCGGCGUGAUGCCGGCGUCAAUGAAGCAGGUGAGAAGCUUGCUGAGCCCGAACGUGCUGCGCUUGAGAGCUCAAUAUCUCAAACGAGGCGGCGCAAAGCCGAACUUGGCACCCGCAUCGACAAUGUGAAAGACCAGGAGCGUAAUGCGGGGCGUGAGCAGGAACUGAACCGCAAGCGAGCGCAGCAAGCUGUCUUGGACGAGGCGCACGUCAUCUGCGCCACGUUGAGUGGCAGUGGGCAUGACAUGUUCCAGAGCCUCAACAUCGAGUUCGAGACUGUCAUCAUCGACGAGGCUGCACAAUGUGUGGAGAUGAGCUCACUCAUCCCGCUCAAGUAUGGGUGUGUCAAGUGUAUCAUGGUUGGAGAUCCUAAGCAGCUUCCGCCCACGGUCUUCUCCAAGGAGGCGGCCCGAUUUCAGUACGAGCAGAGUCUGUUCGUGCGCAUGCAGAACAAUUUUCCUGAUGAGGUACAUCUUCUGGAUACGCAGUACCGCAUGCACCCGGACAUUAGCGUCUUCCCGAGUCGUACCUUCUACGACGGCCUUCUCAAAGAUGGUCACGGAAUGGCUGCUUUACGCCAGCAGCCUUGGCAUGCUAGCGCUCUUCUCGCGCCGUAUCGCUUCUUCGAUGUCAAGGGUCAGCACCAAGCCGCGCCCAAAGGCCACUCACUCAUCAACAUGGCCGAGAUUGACGUUGCCAUGGCAUUGUUCGAUCGUCUGACUGCCGACUUCAAGGACUAUGACUUCUCCGGACGCAUUGGAAUCAUCACGCCUUACAAAUCCCAACUACGUGAGUUGAAGAACCGCUUCGAGAACAGAUACGGCCCUGAGAUUGGUGACACCAUCGACUUCAACACAACCGAUGCCUUUCAGGGGCGUGAAGCUGAAAUCAUCAUCUUUUCUUGCGUGCGUGCGAGUCCGGCUGGUGGAAUCGGUUUCCUGCAGGAUAUCCGCCGUAUGAACGUUGGUCUCACGCGAGCAAAGUCGAGUCUAUGGGUUCUUGGAAAUUCCGACAGUUUGGUCAGAGGAGAGUACUGGCGCAAAUUGGUUGUGGAUGCUCAAGGCAGAGAUUGCUACACAACCGGAAACAUCAUGAACAUGCUGAAGAAGUCCUCUAGCGCCUUCCCUGCACCCAAAGGCAGUGUUUUGAGGUCUAUGGAAGACGUCGUAAGCGUUCCCAAGGAGACCCCUGCACCACUUCCACGUCCGCUGGUGCAAGCCGCGCCAACUCCCAUUCAUGCGUCCGAUUCAGAUCGGAUGGAAGGUGUCACCUACAAGUUUGCAGACAGAGUUCCCAAGACAAAGCAAGAUCAGACGGCUCCUAUAAGCACCGGUAAUGGCACUGCACAUACAGGAGGCGAGCAUACAGGCAGCCUGAAGCCACCCGCGCGUAAAUUCUCCGAAGACGUCGAGAUGGCAGACGUUGGUGCCCACGAUGGCGCAAAGGUCACAUCGACAGUGAUCAACGGAGUUGGCAUACGAAGCGCCUCGAGUUCCAGGGCUGAAACACCAUUAUCAGGAGAAGACAAGGAGGGGAGGUCGGACGCAUCGUCUUCGGUGGCUCCAAGCACAGCUUCCGCUCCGAGAGCUGUCGGUGGAGUCGUGCAACCAAAGCCGAAGCUGUUGAAGAAGAGGCCGGCCGCUGCCAGCCCGUUUUUGCCUAAGAAACCGAAACCAGGGCCGCGUUGA